UUGACAGCUCUUAGCACAGUAAAGUAUUUGUUAUACGUGAUAAUUUAUUAUGUUGAGGAAAAGUUUUACUUUGUAAAAAACAUUUGUGUUAAGCAAACUCAAUUACAUUCCUUGAAAUAAAAUACACAAAUGGACGCGCUAUUUGAUGGCAUAGACUGGAUGAUUACAGAUGAAGAAAGAUUAGUGGAAUUGGUAAAAAAGCAUGAAAUAAUAUACAACAACCGAUGCGUGGGAUUUAAAGGCGCUGACAAGCGUUCGAUAUGGGCUCAAAUAGGUAUUCAGUUAGGAAUGACAGGAGAAGAUUGUUUCAAAAAGUGGACAAGUAUACGUGAACGGUAUACUAGAGAACUCAAAAACUUCGCGAAUAAACCAAAUCAUAAGACAGAAUGGCUCUUAUUUUACUCACUUUCCUUUUUAAGAGAAUAUGUCAAGCAACGACCUGGUCGAUCUCAAGCAACCGAAGUCGACAACGGGCAGCUUAUAGAACUGGUACGGAGACAUGAAAUACUUUACAACAAACAAGGUUUUGGCAACCAAUGCUCUGAUCAAAAAGAAAAAGCGUGGAACGAAAUCGCGGAGGAAUUGUGCGUUACUGCUGAAGAAUGUUACAACAGAUGGAAAAGCUUACGAGAACGUUUUACCAGAGAACUUAGGCAACAGAUUUAUGAAGGCAAAACAGAUAAAGAAAUGGACUGGCCUUUAUUUACAUCAUUUUCCUUUUUAAAGAACUAUGUUAAACAGCGACCGUACCGAAAGAGAAAAUGUAAACGUGUCUGCAAAAAUAGCGUAGAUGCUUCAGAGGCAUCCAAUUCUCCUGCUUUGAUAUGUAAAAAAGAACUGUACACGGAAGCUACUCCAGUUCGUUUGGAAGGUGAUCCGCUAUCGUCAGCAGACGAAAGCAGCGCAGAUAAUAGAGAAGAGUUAACGACAAGGGAAUAUUUAAAUUAUGAUGAACAAUCCCUUCAUGAGGCAACCGAAACAUGCGAGAAAAGUUCGAUAGGAGGGCAGGAAAAUAAUGCUAUUUAUUAUUUUGGCCAAACCAUUGUGGCAAUCUUAUCAGAAAUGAGUGAAGUCAAACAAGCAAAGGCAAUGCGCUUAAUGUUCGAUGCCCUUAUAACAAUUAAAACCGAGCCGGAAUAAACUAAAUUUCUUAAGAAAUUAUUUAUUUUUAGUUUAGAGUAGUUAAAUUAAUUUAAGCUUACCCACUUAAUUUGUUUGUAUAAAUAAAGAAACAAAUAAGCCACAUGUAA